AUGGGGUCGACUUCGUUGAGGAGCAGAGGGAGUUUGCGGGAUGCGGCAGGGGAAUUCGAGUUCCAGAGAAGCACGACGGAGGACGACGAGGACGAGCUGAAGUGGGCGGCAAUUGAGCGCCUGCCCACCUACGAAAGGCUGCGGAAGGCGAUCCUGAAGGAUGCCGCCGGCGACGGCGGUGGUGGAGGGGAAGUUGGGUUGCAGGAGAUUGACGUAGGGAAGCUGGGCGGAACAGAGAGGAAGCUACUGAUUGAAAGUCUUCUCAAAGUCGCGGAAGAGGAUAACGAGAAGCUGUUGCGUCGGAUCCGACACCGGACGGAUGUCGUCGGGAUUAAGAUCCCGACGGUGGAGAUUCGGUUCGAGGGACUUUCUGUUGAAGGCGAUGGGUACGUCGGAACCAGGGCUCUGCCCACUCUGCUCAAUUUCGUGGUGAACACUGUUCAGGGGAUUCUUGGGUUGUGUCGAGUUUUCCCAACAAAGAAAAGGGUGGUGAGGAUUCUUCAUAAUAUAAGCGGAAUUGUAAAACCAUCGAGGAUGACUCUGCUGUUGGGGCCUCCGGGAUCAGGCAAAACUACUCUGUUGAAGACACUCUCCGGGAAACUGGACAAGAAUUUAAGGGUGUCGGGAAGAGUGACAUACUGCGGACAUGAAUUCCAUGAGUUCGUGCCUCAGAGAACCUGUGCUUAUAUUAGCCAGCAGGAAUGUCACAUUGGAGAAAUGACUGUCAGGGAGACUUUGGAAUUCUCUGGCCGCUGCUUGGGAGUUGGGACCAAGUACGAUUUGUUGGCUGAGCUAUCCAGAAGGGAGAAAGAAGCGGGAAUCAAGCCGGAUCUAGACGUUGAUGCAUUCAUGAAAGCCACAUCCAUUUAUGGACAGAAAAAUCACCUCGUGGUAGAUUAUGUCCUUAAGCUUCUUGGGCUGGACAUCUGCGCUGACAUAAUUGUCGGUAAUGAUAUGAUAAGGGGCAUAUCGGGUGGGCAAAAGAAGCGCGUCACCACAGGGGAGAUGUUGGUUGGACCGACUAAAGUGUAUCUGAUGGACGAAAUCUCAACCGGGUUGGAUAGUUCAACAACUUACCAAAUUGUUAGGUUUAUGAAGCAAAUGGUCCAUAUCAUGGACGUCACCAUGAUCAUCUCCCUGCUCCAGCCUGCACCCGAGACAUAUGAACUUUUCGAUGACGUCAUCCUUGUCUCGGAAAAUCAGAUUAUUUACCAAGGUCCUAGGGAAAACGUUCUUGAAUUCUUCGAAAAUGUUGGUUUCAAGUGCCCUGAAAGGAAAGGAGUUGCAGACUUCUUGCAAGAGGUUACUUCCAAGAACGAUCAAGCACAGUACUGGUCCAGAAUUGAUGAACCUUAUCGAUACAUCUCAGUACCUGAUUUUGUGACAUUCUUCAACUCGUUCUCGAUAGGAAAGGAGCUUGCUGAUGAGCUUGCAAUGCCUUAUGACAAAUCUAGUGUUCAUCCUGCUGCAUUGGUGAAAGAGAGAUACGGAAUCUCCAACAAAAAUCUCCUGAAGGCGUGCUUUCAGAGGGAGUUGUUGUUAAUGAAGAGAAAUUCUUUUCUUUAUAUCUUCAAGACGGCGCAACUAACCAUCAUGUCAAUAAUUUGCAUGACCGUGUUCUUCAGGACUGAGAUGAAGGCUGGUCACCUAGGGGACGGGAACAAGUUCUACGGUGCUUUGUUUUAUUGCCUGAUCAACAUUAUGUUCAAUGGAGUUGCUGAACUGACCUUGACCACACAUAGGCUUCCUGCAUUUUACAAGCAGAGGGAUUCCUUAUUGUACCCAGCAUGGGCAUUUGCCUUGCCAAUCUGGGUGCUUCGUAUUCCGAUCUCGUUUGGAGAGUCAUUCAUAUGGAUAGCCUUGACUUAUUACACUAUUGGGUUUGCUCCAUCGGCUGAUAGAUUUUUUAAGCAGUUUCUUGCAUUCGUUUGUAUAAAUCAGAUGGCUCAAGGUUUAUUCCGCUCCAUUGGGGCAGUAGCAAGAUCGAAAAUCGUAGCACCAGCCAUUGGUAUGUUCACGUUGCUAGUUGUGUUCAUCCUUGGAGGAUUCAUAAUUGCCAAAGAUGACAUCCAACCAUGGCUGAUAUGGGGCUACUAUAUUUCCCCAAUGAUGUACGGGCAGAAUGCUAUCGUUAUAAACGAAUUUCUCGACGAAAGAUGGAGUGAUCCCAAUCCUGACCAUAGGAUUCUAGAGGAAACAGUUGGAAAGGCGCUUCUCAAAAUGAGAGGCAUGUUUGUAGAGAACAAGUGGUACUGGAUAUCAAUUGGGGCACUCAUAGGCUUUUCUGUGGUUUAUAACCUAUGUUUUGUUCUCGCCUUAACAUACUUGAACCCUUUGGAAGAUUCUAAAUCCAUAAUCUUGGAUGAUAAUCAAAAUAAAAAAUCAUCCAAGACUGCAAAACUGAACUCAAGUUCCAUUGAAAUAUCCUUGGAGACGUCUUGUACACCGAUGAAAGGCCCUAAUGAAGUGUCUAGAAGAAAGGGAAUGAUAUUACCCUUCCAACCUUUGUCAUUGGUAUUUAAGAAUGUGAACUACUAUGUUGAUAUGCCUGCGGAAAUGAAGUCUCAAGGAGUAGAAGAGGAAAGACUGCAACUGCUACAUGAUGUUAGUGGAACUUUUAGGCCAGGAGUUUUGACAGCAUUAGUUGGGGUUAGUGGUGCAGGAAAGACCACUUUGAUGGAUGUUUUAGCGGGCAGGAAAACUGGAGGGUACACUGAAGGAAUCAUCAACAUUUCUGGUUAUCCUAAGAAUCAAAUGACAUUUGCUAGAAUAAGUGGAUACUGUGAACAAAAUGAUAUCCAUAGCCCUCGGAUUACCGUUUAUGAGUCCCUUCUGCACUCAGCAUGGUUGCGUCUUCCCAAAAGUGUCAAUAAGAAAGAUAGGAUGAUGUUCAUUGAGGAAGUUAUGGAGUUGGUUGAGCUAGUCCUCUUGAGGAACUCAAUAGUAGGACUCCCUGGAGUGAAUGGUUUGUCAACUGAGCAGCGCAAGAGAUUGACCAUAGCCGUUGAGCUGGUUGCAAAUCCUUCAAUAAUCUUUAUGGACGAGCCAACAUCUGGUCUUGAUGCUCGAGCAGCUGCAAUUGUCAUGCGAACCGUUAGAAACACAGUGGAUACAGGAAGAACUGUUGUCUGCACCAUACAUCAACCAAGCAUUGACAUCUUUGAAUCUUUUGAUGAGUUGCUGUUGAUGAAGAGAGGUGGACAAGUUAUAUAUGCAGGCACCCUUGGACACCAUUCUCACAAGAUGGUAGAAUAUUUCGAGAACAUCCAGGGGGUUCCCAAUAUCCAAGAAGGCACAAAUCCUGCUACAUGGAUGCUUGACAUUAGCUCAGCUGCCAUUGAAACUCAACUGAAUGUGGACUUUGCUGAAAUUUAUUCAUAUUCUGAACUAUACAAGAGGAACCAGGAGUUGAUUGAAGCACUAAGCACUCCAACACCAGGGUCAAGUGACCUUUAUUUCCCUACACAAUUUGCACAGGAUUUCUUAACCCAAUGCACAGCUUGCUUCAUAAAACUGCAUCGAUCUUACUGGCAGAAUCCAGAGUACAAUGUUACAAGAUUAUUCCUCACAAUAGUUGUAGGUGUUCUCUUUGGACUUAUCUUCUGGAAGAAGGGACAAAAGACGCAAACACAACAAGACCUAUUCAACUUGCUUGGAGCUACUUAUUCCUCCAUAAUGUUCCUUGGAGCAUGUUCUUGUUCUGCAGUGUUGCCUAUUGUUUCGGUCGAAAGGACAAUCUUGUAUAGGGAAAAAGCAGCAGGGAUGUACUCAGAAGUGGCUUAUGCAGUUGCCCAAGUCUCCAUUGAAGCAGUCUACAUCGCAGUCCAAACCUUCUUCUAUAGUGUGAUACUGUUCCUUAUGAUUGGCUACCCAUGGCAUCUGGGGAACUUCUUGUGGUUCUAUUUCUUCAUAUUCAUGUGUUUCCUAUACUUCAAUCUCUACGGGAUGAUGCUUAUUGCACUCACUCCUAGCUACCAAAUAGCCGCCAUCGCCAUGACGUUCUUCUUCACCACAUGGAAUCUCUUCAACGGCUUCCUUAUUCUUCGAACGGAUAUCCCAAUAUGGUGGAGAUGGUACUACUGGGCAUCCCCAGUGGCUUGGACAAUUUAUGGCAUGUUUGCUUCCCAAUUGGGAAACGUUGACAGUCUAGUGGAAGUAGCCGGGCAAGGCAAUAUGCCUGUGAAGCAAUUCUUGAAACAGUCGUUUGGAUUUGAAUAUGACUUCCUUGGAGCUGUUGCAGCUGCCCACAUUGGGUUUGUGCUCCUUUUCCUGUUUGUCUUUGCUUAUGGCAUUAAGUUUCUGGAUUUCCAGAAGCGAUGA